AUGUCGUCCUCAUUCCCUUCAGUCGCGAGGCAGGCCCUCCACCAGUCUUCAAGACGACUGUCGACCACCUACCGUCCUCGCCUUCUAUCGUCGCGCAUUGCCGCCACCCGUUCAUAUGUCUCCGAGACAUCGCCCAAGAACGCCACUAUCAAUGUCGAAUCCACCAUCAAGGCCGACCAGAAGGCCUUCCUCGCCGAGACUGGCAUCAAGCCCAGAGAUGCCACCAUGCCCACCACCGGCAUGAGCGCCGAUGCCAUGAUGAGUCCUGCCGCUGGAAUCCUCAAGCAAGCAACCGUCAUGGAUCAAGGAACUCGCCCCAUCUACCUCGAUGCUCAAGCGACCACUCCUACCGACCCCAGAGUACUCGAUGCCAUGCUUCCCUUCUUCACUGGCCUCUACGGCAACCCCCACUCGCGAACCCACGCCUACGGAUGGGAGACCGACUCUGCUGUCGAGCAAGCCAGAGCCCACAUCGCCAGCCUGAUCGGCGCCGACCCCAAGGAGAUCAUUUUCACUUCCGGAGCCACCGAGAGUAACAACAUGAGCAUCAAGGGUGUCGCCCGCUUCUUCAAGCGUGGUGGAAAGAAGAACCACAUCAUCACCUGCCAGACUGAGCACAAAUGUGUUCUCGACAGCUGUCGUCACUUGCAGGAUGAAGGCUUCGAGAUCACAUACUUGCCCGUCCAGUCAGAUGGCAGAGUUGACAUGAAGGAGUUGGAAGCCGCCAUGCGACCGGAAACCAUGCUCGUCUCGAUCAUGACUGUCAACAAUGAAAUUGGUGUUGUGCAGCCCAUGGAGGAGAUUGGCAAGCUCUGCAGAUCAAAGAAGAUCUUCUUCCACACAGAUGCUGCUCAGGCCGUCGGCAAGAUUCCUCUUGAUGUCAACAAGCUCAACAUCGAUCUCAUGUCCAUCUCCGGUCACAAGAUCUACGGUCCCAAGGGUAUUGGUGCCUGCUACGUUCGCAGAAGACCCCGUGUCAGACUCGACCCCAUCAUCAGUGGUGGUGGUCAGGAGAGAGGUUUGAGAAGUGGAACUAUUGCCCCUCCCCUUGUUAUUGGCUUCGGUGAGGCUGCAAGAAUCGCCAAGGAAGAAAUGGAUUACGACACCAAGCGUAUCUCCGCCCUUUCCAAGAAGUUGAGUGAUGGUCUCCUCGCCAUGGAGCACACCACCCUCAACGGUUCCCCCGAGUUCCAUUACCCCGGGUGCGUCAACGUCUCCUUCGCAUAUGUCGAGGGUGAGUCUCUCCUCAUGGCCCUCAAGGAUAUCGCUCUUUCCUCCGGUUCCGCCUGUACAUCCGCCUCCCUUGAGCCCUCAUACGUUCUCCGUGCUCUCGGCAGCAGUGACGAGAGCGCCCACAGCAGUAUCCGCUUCGGUAUCGGUCGCUUCACCACCGACGCCGAGAUUGACUACGUUCUCAAGGCCGUGCAAGAACGUGUUGCCUUCUUGCGUGAGCUCAGUCCUCUGUGGGAGCUUGUGCAGGAGGGUGUCGACCUCAACACUAUUGAGUGGAGUGGUCACUAA